AUGUCAGUGUCCUAAUUGUUAAUUAAAUUAUACCAUCUAGUUGCUGAUCAUAGCGAUAUCAAUUCCUUCUAAAAUUUUGUGAAAUCCCAGAACUUAAUUCAAUAAUUGACCAUCAUCAUCGAACAUAUUCAAAAUAACUCAAUCAAAAAGGAUUACAAAGAAUUAGAAAAGUAAUUGCAGAAGUAUGAAUCCGAAGUCAGAGUGCAUAUUAGAGAAUCCUACCUAAUGAAUUAGAAAUAUGAUGAUAUGAAAAACCAAAUCAAAUAGUUAGAGUAAGACAGAGAUGAAUUAUUGAAAAAUACAAAAAAGACAAUGAAUAAACUAAAAAAAGAGAAUGAGGAACUCUAUCGAAAAGUUAACAUCUUAUAAGAAGAAUUAAAUUACUACAGACAAAUUGAACUAUGUACCCAACAGUCAACGAAAAUAAGCAAUUCCAAAACCAUAGAAAAAUCAACUAAACUCAAAGACAAACGAUUUCAUACUAAUAUUACUCCUCAAAAGACAGCAAAUCAAUCAUUCGAUUAUUUAGUUAAUAAACGAUUAAGCUAAUAGAUUGUCCAAAGAAAAUAAAGCUUCUAAAAGUAUAUGUCUAGUAAAAGAAGAUCAUGCACUACUGAUUUAUCUAAAAAUUAUAUAACCACUUUUUGUCUAGACAAAUCAGAUUUCAAUAUAUUCUUUGAUUUAUCAAUAUUUCUGGCUUAUUCGCAUUAUCCAUAGGUAGUUUGA